CCUCCUAUUCAAGUGCUUUUUCACACAUGCACACACACAGCACAGAAUCAGUCUCACAGCCACCCAUACGCACACUUGGCUGGACAGGAUGGUCAAGAGGGAAUCACAAUCGUCUGAUCACCUCACUGGAGGUUCUCACAGAAGGAUAAUGACAACUAAACUGGCAACGGCCAUAGCUGCUUUCUUUCUCUUGGCCAGUAUAGCCGUCAUUAUAGCAAUAGCUACAGUUCAGGUGAAACAGAGGACUUACCUUUCUCCUGGACUUAAGUAUGGUAUUGUGUUGGAUGCCGGCUCCUCCAGAACCACUGUAUAUCUGUAUGAGUGGCCAGCCGAGAAAGAGAACAACACCGGGGUUGUGACCCAGACUACAAAAUGUCCAGUUAAAGGCCCUGGUAUCUCAGAAAUGAAUGCAGAAGCCUGGAACAGCCUUAAAAAGUGUAUGGAAGACAUAACGAAUGUCAUCCCUCCACAUCAACACAAAUCAACACCCAUCUUUCUUGGCGCAACUGCUGGAAUGAGACUGCUCCACCAGAAGAGCGAAGAGCUGUCCAAUGCUGUCCUGCUUGCCAUACAGGAGUAUCUUCGUUCUCUGCCAUUCGAUUUCCACAAUGCCUCCAUCAUCUCAGGUCAGGAAGAGGGGCUGUAUGGGUGGAUCACCGUCAACUACCUGAUGGGAAACUUCUUGGAGAAAAAUAUAUGGAAUGCUUGGGUUCAUCCUCAUGGUGCACGGACCGUGGGAUCACUAGACCUGGGCGGAGCCUCCACUCAGAUCGCCUUCACAGCCCCGCCUGAUGCCAGAGGAACGGAUCUCAUCAAAGUUUCACUCUAUGGCUACGAAUACAAUGUUUACACACACAGCUUCCUGUGCUAUGGCAAAAAUGAGGCUGAAAAAAGAGUUUUGGCAGAACUUGCACAGCAGUCCUCUGAUUGGUCACAUAUAAAUCACCCAUGCUACCCUCUUGACUACAACAUCGCCAUACCUGGAGAUGACAUCUUUGGCAGUGAGUGUACAAAGCGUAAUACUCCAACUCACUAUACCCCCGAGAAGACCUUCACUUUCUUUGGACAGAGCGAUCCAGCCAAGUGCAAAACUUUGGUCAAGAGUAUUUUUGACCUGAAGUCCUGUCAGGGGAAAGAGAGCUGCUCAUUUAAUGGAGUAUACCAACCACCUGUCACAGGUGACUUCAUGGCCUAUGCAGGAUUUUACUACACAGCUGGGGCUCUGGAUAUAAAGGGCUCUAACAGUCUGGAGAAGUUUAACUCCACCAUGUGGUCAUUCUGCUCUAUGGACUGGAAAACACUCAAGAAAAUCUACAACAUCACAGAGAAACACUUGAAAUCGUAUUGUUACUCUGCAAACUACGUUCAUACAAUUCUCGCAGAUGGAUACAAGUUUAAUGCUGACAACUGGGAAAAACUUAAUUUUCAAAAGGAGGUAAAUAAGACCAGUAUAGCCUGGUCCCUGGGCUACAUGCUAGCUCAGAGUAACAUGAUCCCUGCAGAGGCAAAGCUCCUGAAGCUACCCAUUUCCAACAGUGUGUUCGCUACUCUGCUCUUCCUGUUCUCUGCUCUCACCAUCAUCACCCUCAUGUUCCUCAUCAUCACACUGGUGCGGAUGUUUUACUGAUGUCCCUGAAAGCCCUACUCAGGAACCUAGCUUUGUCCUUUAAGCAGCAGCACUAGAAAAAAAAGCACAAUGAAAUGCAGGGAAAAUGUAUGUUUACCAUGCUGUCUGUGCCACUGGUUCAGCUAUUCCUGACAGGGCCUAGAAACAGGCUCACACCACAAUAUUCACUGCCUGAAGUCUCGACAUCUCAACCAAAGUGAUGCACAAUAGCACGUGUAACCUCUGAUAUAUUAUUGCAGCUAAAUGAGGGAUUUGUCUUUAUUGCCGGAAUGCAAAAUAAAAUAUAGCUUUUAUGAUGGUCUGAUACUGGGAAAGAGGUCAGGGGACUUUGCAAAGAAGCUGUUUCUACAUUUUCUGACUGUGUUUAGAUUUCAUUAAUUCAGUGUCAAGUGUGUAGUUAAGACACUUAAAAGGAAACAAAGUGAAGGUAUUUAAAUUGAAUGAGCGUCAACAAACUAUAACCACUGACCAAUCACACAUUUUAUAUCGCACAUGUCACAUAUGUUCAUGUAACUCAAAUGAAUCUACAUGAAUAAUACUGUAACUAAACUCAAAAACAAGUUAUUUCUUGCUGACAGUUGUUCAGUUUAAACAUGCUUCUAGUAUGCUUCAAUAUGUGAAUCACUGCUUAAGACACAAAACUGUGUGUGUGUGCUAGAUGUUUCACAAUGGUGACAGAUCUUAAAGCUCUAUUUAAAUCUAUUUAAAUUCAUACUGGAAUAUUACUGUAACAAGAGACAAUAGCAAUACUGUAGAAUUGUGACAGUAUGUCUAGUAUUGUUCCACAUACAUUUUAGAAAGAGUUGAAGCAGUUAAAAGGAUUGAUUAUAUUUAGAAAGUGAAGAAUUAGUAUUUACUAGGUGAGUGUAUUUGCCAGUGCUACUACUAAAACUACUCAUCUGUAACCACUCCAUCUUCAUCUUCACCAUUUGGACAGUUUUACUUGAUGUUACUUAAUGUGUUUUCUAUAUUGAAUGUGUUAGAGUUGCAACAGAAAGGCUCUAAUUUGUGGUUUUAUUACGCAGCAAUAUAACAAGCCAAGCCAAAGUUAUAAAUAGCAACUUGUAAAACAUCUACAUGUAGCCUUUCAGAAUUUUCAGGGUAAUAUUGUUCUGUACAUAAAAUGCACUAAACCUGCCUUAUAACAUAUAAUACUCAUGCCUAAACCUAAAAUAAUACUAUGCCAUUACAGGAAAAAGAGGAAACAAUCCUUGUUCUCACCAACAUUUACAAACUUUUGGAAAAGCACAGGUUUACAGAUUUGUACAGGUUAUUGGUUAAUCAGGUCCAUAGGUCCUAGUGGGAGAUUAUAUUGUUCAGGUCACUGAUUUCUCCUAUCGGAAUUAAGAAAGCAUACUUAAAGCAUCCAACGUUUUUGUUGUGCGUUUUAUGUCUCAUUGUCUUGCAUUAUGUAUUUUAAAUAGGUUUGAAUGCAUGUGAUAUUUCAGCGCACAUUUUAGUGAAAUGAUAAUAAACGCCAUGAAUGUUAACAAACAAAA